GAGCCUCUAGCCCUUGCAAGUGGAGCGCUGCCCGACUGGUGUGAACAACUCACCUCCAAGUGUCCUUUCCUCAUCCCUUUUGAGACCCGACAGCUCUAUUUUACCUGCACUGCUUUUGGAGCCUCCAGGGCAAUUGUGUGGCUCCAGAACCGUCGAGAGGCAACCAUGGAGCGUUCUCGGCCGUCCACCACAGUGCGGCGGGACGAUCCUGGUGACUUCAGGGUGGGUCGACUGAAACAUGAACGAGUGAAAGUUCCCAGAGGAGAGACUAUGAUGGAAUGGGCUGAGUCCGUCAUGCACAUCCAUGCUGACCAAAAGUCUGUGCUAGAGGUGGAGUUUCAGGGUGAGGAGGGAACGGGUCUCGGUCCAACUCUGGAGUUUUAUGCUCUGGUGGCUGCAGAGUUUCAGAAAACGUCACUGGGAAUCUGGCUGUGUGAUGAUGACUUCCCUGACGAUGAGUCACGACAGGUGGACCUGGGUGGUGGACUGAAGCCUCCCGGUUACUAUGUGCAGCGUUCCUGUGGUCUAUUUCCAGCUCCGUUCCCUCAGGAUAGCGAGGAACUGGAGCGAAUCACCAAACUCUUCUACUUCCUGGGCAUCUUCUUGGCUAAGUGCAUUCAGGACAACCGGCUGGUCGACCUACCAAUAUCACAGCCCUUCUUUAAGCUGCUCUGCAUGGGGGACAUCAAGUCUAACAUGAGCAAGCUGCUAUACCAGUCUCGAAGCUCACCGCAGGGUAACGACCCUGAGCGGCCCCACCUGCAGCCCUUCCUGCUACUGUCUGAGGUACAGUCUGAAGCAUCGACUGAGGAAAGCCAGGAGACUUACUCAGUGGGCAGCUUUGAUGAGGAUUCCAAAUCGGAGUUCAUCAUGGACCCACCAAAACCAAAACCUCCAGCUUGGUACCACGGUAUCCUGACCUGGGACGACUUCCAGCUUAUCAACCCACACAGGGCGAGUUUCCUGAAGGAAGUGAAGGAUCUGGCAGUGAAGAGGAGGCAGAUUCUGGCCAGUAAGAGUUUGUCUGAGGAUGAGAAGAACACUAGGCUGCAGGACCUGAUGCUGAAGAACCCGCUGGGCUCUGGACCUCCCCUCAGUGUCGAGGACCUCGGGUUAAACUUUCAGUUCUGUCCAUCCUCCAAGGUUCAUGGUUUCUCUGCAGUGGAUCUCAAACCAAAUGGAGACGAUGAGAUGGUGUCCAUGGAGAAUGCAGAAGAGUACGUGGAGUUGAUGUUUGACUUCUGUAUGCACACUGGCAUCCAGAAACAGAUGGAGGCCUUCAGAGAGGGUUUUAAUCGAGUGUUUCCAAUGGAGAAACUAAGCUCUUUUAGCCAUAAGGAGGUGCAGAUGAUCCUCUGUGGCAACCAGUCCCCUUCCUGGACUGCUGACGACAUCAUCAACUACACAGAACCAAAGCUUGGUUACACCAGAGACAGCCCUGGCUUCUUGCGGUUUGUGCGAGUCUUAUGUGGAAUGUCAUCUGAUGAGCGUAAAGCCUUCCUGCAGUUUACCACUGGCUGCUCCACCCUGCCACCUGGUGGUCUUGCCAACCUUCACCCUCGACUCACCAUCGUCAGGAAGGUGGAUGCCACAGACUCCAGCUACCCAUCUGUCAACACUUGUGUUCACUACCUGAAGCUGCCCGAGUACUCAUCUGAGGACAUCAUGAGGGAGCGCCUGUUAGCCGCUACCAUGGAGAAAGGCUUCCACCUCAACUGACCACCGCUGCCACACUGAGCAUGCUUCUCAAGUCAUCUGUCCGUCUCGCCUUGUGACUGACGGAUCAGCCAGCCAAUCCAAACCAGCUGACUGACUGACGGCCGGACCUCCUGCUACAGGAGGAGGAGGAUUUAUGUUGCAGAAACAAAAUGAAAGAAACGCUGUCACAUCUUUCACACCUCUCUGACCGCCUCCUUCAUCAUCAGCAGCAGCAGCAUCCUCUUCCUCACCAUCCUGAGCUGCUGCUGCUGGUCUGUUCCCAGCUUUGAUGCUGCAGGCUUGCGUGUGUGUGUGUGUGUGUGUGUGUGCGCGCGCGUGUGUAUGCGCUGAUCUCCUCCUCCUGUCUGCUCUCAGUUUGGUGCCUGGUUUGACUCGUAGCUUCUGUUUUCACUUCCUCCUCCCUGAAAUGUUCAUGGAUCCCCACCUCCCCCCAUUUAUUGCUUUUUGUUUUUGUGUGUGUGCGACAGUUCUCUGGUUGUUACUGACCAGUUGUAAAGGUCAAAGGUCAGAGAGCCUUUGGUGUUUGUUUUACAAUGAAGCUAUAGAGACAAAAACACUGGCUGUGUGCAAGGCACAUCUAAAGAGAAAGAUUAAAAAAAAAAAAAAAGAAA